AAGUUGAACGAAUCUGGCAACUAAAAUUUGUUUACUUUCUGCAAUAGUAAUUGCGCAACACCGCAAGAGUCAUUGAUCAAAUUUGCAUCAACUGCUCUACGCGUCACCCCUUCCGUUUAUGCUUAUAGUUCAGAUACAGACUUGUCGUCGUUCAUCAAAUAUCUUACCGAUACAACGGAUUGGUAGAAUAAAUAUUCCUGUAUUUAAGUAUAAGUAUAAGUUCGUAUUUUCAGCUGCUGAAAUAUGGCGGAGGCGACUCAAAAACCAGGGCAAUCAGCAAUUGUUCCAGUAAAUUCUGCGAACUUCUCAGGUCAAGCGUAUCUCGUUGAAGGAAGUAAACCUAGGAACCCAGAAGAUUUGGUGAAUUUAGCUCGACAGAUACAACAGGCUGAUUCCUCAGUAAAAGCAGCUGCAGGUUCAAAACUCAGAGCAAUUCUUGAUCAAAUGAAAAUGCUACAAGAACAGGCAGCAAGAGUAUUAGAAGAAGCGAAACGAGAUGCCGAGCUUCACCAUGCCGCAUGCAAUUUCAGGAAAAUUCCAGGAAAACUUUACUAUCUUUAUAAAAGGGAAUCGGGACAGACAUAUUUCUCCAUGUUAUCACCAGAGGAAUGGGGAAACUCUUGCCCACACUCAUUUCUUGGCUGCUACAAAUUGGAAUUCGACAUGACAUGGACAGCUUACGAAGAUUUAGCGAAAAGAGAGUCCGACAACGCAAUGAUAGAGAAACUAAUCAACCAUAAACUCCAACCUUCUCUCACAUUUGGGGAGUAAAUUUAUUGAACUAUUGGAAAAAAAUGUACUAAAAUCAAUGUUUUAUUAUUAAUAUUAUAUUUUAAUUUUAAAUAAUUUAAAAUGAAAUUUAUUAGACCUGAAGUGGACUUAUGGAUCGUUUUGUUCAUAUGUUGUUUUUGGUGUUCUUCUUGUUGUUUUUAUGUGAAAAUCACUCUUUUCAUUAACUACUUGGUACUCCUGUCAAGUAUGUCAACCAAGAUGAAGGACACUGGAACGAAGUAUGUGUACCAGGUUAGGGUUGGGCCAUAAUUUCAGGUACAAAUACUACGGGGAUCACUUGGCUAGUCCCCGAACUCGUAAUAGAACUAAAAUAAGGAAAAUUGGAAUAAAAUUAUGGCCCAACCCGAACUUGGUACACAUACUACGUUCCGGUAUCCGCCAUCUUGGUUCACAUACCUCGGGAGUACCAACUGCAGACCCAAUUGCUUUGAAAUAUUUAGCAGUUUGAAAUUUUUUUUCCAUGGCGGGGUAUCACUUUUAUUUAUUUCAAAAAUCGCUGUCGGUUUUACAGGAUUCUUUUGUGUGCAAUGAUGUCAAAGUUCAAUACUAAUUAAACUACAAUGGAAGAGUUUUUAUUCAACUUGUUUUCUUGACCCCUUUCAAUCAAUCUAGAUGUGGCAAAUAUUAUUAUUUAUUUUAAGCUGGUUUUGGUGUAUCAUGAAACUGAUAUUUCAAAUUUUCAUCGACUC